GUCACCUGCGUGCAGAAGUUGUGCACGCGAUGCCCGUGCUGUCCCUUGUUGCCUAGUUUAGUUAGCUGUCCUGAUAAAACCCAAAGGCUGUUUAAGAGCGAAGACAUUGGGUAGUGCCAUCAUGCUGGUCCCCAUAUUCACCCUGAAGCUGAACCACAAGAUUAACCCCCGCAUGGUUACCAUGGGGAAGUUCGACGGAGUUCACCCCUGUCUAACUGCUGCUACACAGGCCGGGAAGGUGUUCAUCCAUAACCCCCACACACGGGGCCAGCGGCAGGCGGCCCACAGGCUGAGUCAGAGCACCCAGGACUCGGACAUCUCCCUUCUGAACAUCAACCAGGCGGUCAGCUGUCUGACCUCGGGGACACUAGGACCCAGCACCACGGGAGACACGCUGUUAGUUGGAUCCCAGACCAACCUGCUGGCCUACGAUGUCCACGACAAUGCAGACAUCUUCUAUAGGGAGGUGACCGACGGGGCCAAUGCCAUUGUUCUGGGGAAGCUGGGAGACAUCAGGUCACCGUUGGCCAUUAUCGGGGGGAACUGUGCCCUGCAGGGUUUCGACUACGAGGGAAACGACCAGUUCUGGACGGUGACGGGGGACAACGUGAGGUCGCUGGUGCUGUGUGACUUCACCGGCGACGGGAAGAACGAGCUGCUCGUCGGCUCUGAGGACUUCGACAUCCGAGUGUUUCGGGAGGACGAGCUGGUGUCGGAGAUGGCGGAGAACGAGACAGUGACAUCCCUGUGUCACAUGCACGGCAGCAGGUUUGGCUAUGCGCUGGCUAACGGUACGGUAGGGGUCUACGACCGCACCGCCCGCUACUGGAGGAUAAAGUCUAAGAACCACGCGAUGAGCAUCCACGCUUUCGACCUGAACGCAGACGGGGUGGUGGAGCUCAUCACAGGCUGGUCCAAUGGCAAGAUCGACGCUCGCAGCGACCGGACAGGAGAGGUCAUCUUCAAGGACAACUUCUCGGCGGCGGUGGCGGGGGUGGUGGAGGGCGACUACCGCAUGGACGGACAGAUCCAGCUCAUAUGCACCUCUGUGGAAGGAGAAGUACGGGGCUACCUACCGGCCAGUAAGGAGCUGAUGGGCAACCUGAUGGACUCCAGCGUGGAACAGGACCUGAUCAGAGAGCUGAGCCAGCGAAGACAAAACCUUCUGUUGGAGCUUCGCAACUACGAUGAAAAUGCCAAGGCUGUUGCAGGCUCGUCGGAGGGGGACAACCAGACGGGUGUGAUUCCAGCCAACACCCAGCUGCAGACCGCCCUGUCAGUCAGACCGGCUACGGAGGCCCAGAAGGCUCACAUAGAGCUCAGCAUCUCUACACCUAAUGAGACCAUCAUCCGGGCAGUGCUGAUAUUUGCCGAGGGCAUCUUUGAGGGCGAGAGCCACGUGGUCCACCCCAGCGCCCAGCACCUGUCUGGCUGCGUCAGGGUUCCGAUCGUCCCCCCCAAAGACAUCCCCGUCGACCUUCACAUCAAGGCCUUCGUUGGAGGGAAGAACAGCACCCAGUUCCACGUGUUUGAAAUCACACGGCAGCUUCCUCGCUUCUCCAUGUAUGACCUCACCAGUGACCUCACCUCCGCUGCCCCGCCCUCUGGCAGAGUCCACUUCAGCAUCAACGACAGACCUCAGAGAGUGGUGAUGUGGCUCAACCAGAACUUCCUCCUGCCCGAGGGCACGGACAGUCCCGAGGUGACCUUCUGCUCCCUGAGGGGAGGAGGGCUGCUGACCGUCAGCAUGGCGUCUUCUGGACAGAUGACUCUGAGCACGGACGACAUCGACCUAGCGGGAGACCUGGUCCAAUCCCUGGCCUCGUUCCUGGCCAUCGAGGACCUGCAGGCCGAGGCCGACUUCCCUGUCUACUUUGAGGAGCUGAGGAGCACCCUAACUGAGGUGGAUGAGUUCCACUCGGUGCACCAGAAGCUGACGGCGGCCAUGGCCGACCACUCCAACCACAUCAGGAACAUGCUGGUGCAGGCGGAGGACGCUCGUCUGAUGGGAGACAUGAAGACCAUGAAGAAGCGCUACAUCGAGCUGUACGACCUGAACAGAGACCUGGUCAACGAGUACAAGAUCCGCUCCAACAACCAUAACGCCCUGCUGGCUCGACUCAAAGCCGUCAACCAGGCCAUCCAGAGGGCAGGACGCCUCCGAGUGGGGAAGCCUAAGAACCAGGUGGUCGCCGCCUGCCGCGACGCCAUCAAGAACAACAACGUCAACGCCCUCUUCAAGAUCAUGAGAGCGGGCGCCUCCUCCUCCUGAGGACACAGCACCACCUGGUGGUCAGGAGGGGCGGCCACGGCCACGGAGGGAGACGACAUCACAGGGAGGGGAUCGCGUUCUCGUAGCGGGGACAGCUGUACACACACACACUCACGUCUGAAGAUAGAACCGGUUGUAUAGGGGCGAGGUGGCUCCCCUCAGCGUGACCCCGCCGUCCUGUACAAAGCCUAUAGAAAGUUUACACCCACUUUCAAAACAUUCUUUUUCCAACCUUAUAGCCUUUUUUUUCCCCUCGCAAAUCCAAAUGGGGUCAUGUGUGUGUGUGUGUGUGUGUGUGUGGACAGGGGUAGGUCGUUUCAAAUCCACAUAGCAGUUAGAAUGUAAGGUUUUCAGUGACCUUUUAGGGGCUCUGUGUAAUGAGCGAUGGCACCAGACCUUAACAAGAGACACCUGGUCGAGGGGGGGAGAGCAAGGCUGUAAAACACAGGAAGGACAAGCGAGGAAAAAACUGGCAUCGCCAUUAGCUCAUUCCUGGUCCUCGCAACACAUGCAUAUCUGAACUCUGAGGAGUUUCCCUUCUGAACAGACCUCUCCUGUGUCCUUGUGAGAGGCUGGCGUGCUGCGUAGAGGACGGGGGGGGGGGGGGGGGGGGGGGGGGGGCGUCACAGCCACUCUCCAGCUGGGGUAGCCAUACGUGUGUGUGUGUGUGUGUAGCCAAAGGUAACUGCGCUAUAUGAACGUUAACAGGGACCAGCAAAGGCUGAGAUUUGUUUACUUUUGUAGAUUGUACAUAGUGAAUUUGUGUGUGUGUGCCGAGAAUAAUGUAAUUUUCAAAAAUAAAUUCAUUUGUGUGUUUUA